AUGGACUUCCGCGGAGACGCUCCACCCACGGCCAUGGACCCCUACCGUGAUAACGUAAUAAGCGCUAAACAACAGAGUAUACUGAACGAGCUGAGAAUAGAUUUGUGUCACGAAGAUUUGGCCUACCUAAACGACCAUAAAGAAGUAAUGAUAACAAUAAUUUUAACUUUGCGUAUCGAUCGUAUUAUCACUGGAAGGAUUCGAGAUUUUUAGCAUUAAAAAUCAUAAAGCUAAGUUCUUUAAAAAAUUUAAAACUAAAUAUAUAUUUAUCUUCAAAAUAAUGAACCUCUACCGGUCCUUCAUAAUUAAAAAGAGACAUGCAAAUAGCUGAUAACCAUGAAGGCAUUAUAAACUAGAUAAAAUAAUACAAAGAUGAAAUUGUGGUUUCAAUUUUAGUUCUAUCGGAUAUAAUAAUAAUGGUAUCAGUAUAUAAUAUAAUCACUAAGUAAAAAUAUUUGAAAAUAAUAUUUACUACUAAUAUGGGUUGUCUUUGGCUACAUGCCUAUGCAUUGUCAAUACUGAAUAAUUAAAAAACAUGCACAGUAAAAACCAGAUGAACUAUUGAAAUAAACACAAAUUAGGUUUUAAAAUGUGCUGAAUGUCAAGUUACGAGUAACGAGGUUGAACAGCCAGAAUAAAACAAAUAUCUACCUACCCUCAUUAACCGCAUUAAAAUAUAGACGAGUCACGGGUGUAUUUUACCCAAAAAUAGUCAGAUAGUUUGCAGGGACACGAAAGAGGAAAGACAUUUAAUUACGACUUUCAGGAGAAAUGCCAGAUUUCAGGAUAGGGGUAACCGAACGAAGUUUCCGCCUCUAACGACCGGAGAAGCCGAAGAUUAUAAUAUUAUUUUAAAUGUUUGUCGUAGAGCGCACGAGUAGGAAAACACAAACCUCAAGUUAGACAACGAGUCAUCGGUCAGGUGACCGCGAGAUUCACGAUGUUCGUAUAGUAGGUAUAUAGCUGACAUCAAAGCGACAAUUAUUAGGCGAAUCAAAGGUGCCAAAUUAAAUUUAACUUACGCUCACGUCCAAAUAACUAUCGUUAGUAUACGUUAGUGAAACGGACCACAUAGCAUAUACUAUAGCUGACCUUUUUUAAUUUGUACUACAGCGUUAUCGAAAUACAGACAGUAUGGUGAAAAUAGUAAAGCGAUUUUUACCAAUAAAGUACUUGAGUUGAUGUGAUGCGUGAGACUUUCUAAUGAGCACCAGUUGAUGAUGGCGUCUAUAACCCUUUAUUACUUUCAUCGUGAAUUCGACACGCGAGCGUAGAAGAAAAACCUCACGUGGUAACAGUGUGGAUUUAUUUUAACCUCAGCACUCGCAAUUAUUUUAUAUCAAACCAAGUAGAAAGAACAAAAGGAAAUUAAGUUUUCUACAGUGAAUGUCCACCAACAAUUUUUGAACAUAACUGUUUGUAAAUUAUUAUCAUUAAUAAACUAAUAAUAUAUUAUCUAUAACUAUAACUAUUAAUAUGGAUAGUAAAUUAACUUUAAUUCGCCCAAAACCCGUUAUCGUUUUUAACUUUCGUCAGUUUUUUAACUUUUAUUAAAAAAUUCGAAUAUUCUAAAAGUUCGUACGUCGUUAAUUUUCCAAGAAUAUUUACUUACACGUAAAUAUAAUUGUCCGAGAAAUGAAAAACCACGUCUUAGUAAAACCAUCAUUGAUUGUAAUAUAUACAGAUAAUCCAUACAAUAACAAUAUUUGUGAAUCACCUGAAUAUGCUGUAGCAAAAGAACGCUAAAGUAUUCUGGAUACAGUUGUUAUAGUUGGUAUAGAAGUUGCAUUGCUGUCGCUUUUCUUUGAUUGGCAUCAGGCACGUAGUCCAUGAAUUAAGGUUUCCUGACCACCUAUAUUUAAUUAUUUAUGUUUUAUCUUUCAUAUUAUUUAAGGUUCACUGAUUUAAUGAUUAGAUGAUUUUUUAUUGGUAUUUGGUAGACGAUUUAAGUGGUGGAUCCUGAGAAUGAGAGAAAUGGGGAAAUUAAACCUAACCAAAACACAUAGUAUAGUACAGUAUACUAUUUGCUUGUAUUGUGAUAAAAUAUAACAUUGUAUUUAUUGGCAUUGGCACGAGCAGACUUUUUUCGCAGGGGAUGCCAGUAGGUAAAUAUAUUUCAAAAUAGACGAAUUUUUAACUAUAUGCCUUUAUAAAGACAUAAAUCAGAUUUUUCUUCCAUAACUAUAAAGUUCACAACAUUAUUCAAUGUAUGUACUAUAGUAAAAAUUAUGAUAGUAAUGAUUAUUUUCGCUGGAAUAAUGUCAGAUAAUCAGAUUGCUCUAUGGUUAUUUCUCAUCUAUAACUCUGUAAGGUAACGUGAAUGGUUAUGCAACCAGCGUCGUUGUGAUAUCUCGAUUCCCAACUCCCAAAAUCACUAAAAUGUAAGUACUUGAUGAAAAUCAAGAUUAAUAAUAUUUUAUCUAUAUAGCUGUAAUGAAAGUUAAAGAAACAAAACGUAAGUCAACCGUCAACAUUUCUUAACUGAUUACUGUUUAUAACAAGAUUUGUAAAAUACCUCACUAAAUAUUAAUAAAAGAACAAGAAACUGCUCCGCAGACCGCAGGAAAUACCGUGGCAUACAUGGCAUCCCCCCUGCGCACACCUAUAUUAAAUGGUUUUGCCUCUUCCCAAAAUUAAGAUCUGAAUUAUGAAUAUAAUUACUAAUUAUAUAUACACAUUAAAUAUUUACACAUCAAACAAUAUUUAUUUUAGAUUCUAAGCGAAGUGAGGAAUGUAUAGGUUUUACAAUUUUUUUUUUUUAUUCUGCAUACACAAAUUCCAUCAAAAAUCUUGCUCUGAUGUAUCAAGUGUAAUUUUUCUGAGAGAUAAUUUUAUCAGGUUAGUAUUUCAGAAAGGUGAUUUUUUUGAUUUUAAAAGUGGUUUUAAUAAACGGGAAAAGCGUAUGAAAACUAAGAAAAUUUACGAAAAUAAUAUAAUUUUUUUUAAAUGUUGUUUUUUUGUUGUAGCUCACUUAAAAUUUUUCUUAUAGACUUGAAAUUUAGAGGAAAAAUUACAAGUACUUGCUUUUUCUAGACGUGAUAAAAUUUUCAAAACAUUUAAGCUACUUUGAGCUAUUUAUAGGAAUUUUAUGUUUACGAGUUUUUUUUACGUAGUUUUUAUUACUUAGGUACUGUGUGGAUAAAAUUGUUGGACCAAAUAAAAAUGCUUGAAAAUUUAACAUGCGUUUCAUUAUAAGUUGUACUUAGUGGUCAAUAAGAAAAAGUUAAAUUUAAUGUAGUAUUUUUUUUUUAUAAGAAUUUUAGUAUCAAAUUUCGACUUGUUUAAAUCGUUUUUCUUAAGCAAUGAUUAUUAGUUGCAAACAUUUUAGUCAUUUUUAUAAUCUACCUUCCCAACUUCUCACAUUCUACAAUGUUCACCCAUUGUGCUAAAUAUGUGUGUCUUUUUAUAUUAAAAUUAUGAAUUGAAAUUAAACAUAACAUUUAAACAAAUGUGACGGAAAAGUGUAUGAAAAUCGAAAAUAACAAUGAAAAAAUAGUGUCUGUAUUAUUUUACUUAACCUAUUAAUAUUGUACAAACAAAGAACUUUCAAACUAAUUAAAAUGAACAUUACUUAUUAAAGGAAUGUAAACAUUAAAAAUAUAAAAUUAAAUCACUAGUUGGCCUCUUUCGUAUUAUCGAGUCUCUGUGCCCGUGGUGACUUCUAACUUUGUCUCAUGCCCAAAUAGGUGGAAGCUAUAGCGACACUCGUGAUAAAGGAUAUAUUAAGGAAUACACCUCAGGACCCACGCGCACACGCUGCUCGUUUCUUAAAGGACUCACGUACCGCUGAAAGAGUAGCCAACUUCUCACGAUUCGAGGACAACACUGAGCACGAUUUGCUCGACCGAGAUGUUCGGAUUUACUCGACGAUGGCGAUGGCAUUGGACGAACAUAAUGCCUGGCCGGACUAUGAUCAAGGACGGAGAGCUCAUAAUUUGUACAAAGAAAUCUUUACGAACGAACCGCCACCAAAUAAUUUAUAG